GAUGACACACUGAGCAGGCACCAGUUAUGCGGGCCAGUUCACGUUUGUUCAGCGGCAGCUCCCGGAAGCCGCCCGUCGGGGCGAGGCUCGUACUGGGGUCAGGGACCCGGGAUCCGCGCCCAGCGGUUAGGCACGAUGCGGCUGGGCUCCGGGACCUUUGCCGCUUGCUGCGUGGUGAUCCAGGUGCUCGGGGUCGCGCUUUUCCUUCGGGGAUUCUUCCCGGCUCCGGUUCGUUCCUCCUCCAGGACGGAGCACCAAGCAGAGCCUCCAGCGCCUGAGCCCUCAGCUGGAGACCGUUCCAACUGGACCAAGCUCCCACCACCUCUAUUCAGAAAAGUUGUUAUUAUGCUGAUAGAUGGCUUGAGAGAUGAUUUUGUGUUUGGGUCAAAGGGUGUGAAAUUUAUGCCCUACACAACUUAUCUUGUGGAGAAAGGAGCAUCUCAUAGUUUUGUGGCUGAAGCCAAGCUGCCGACAGUUACUAUGCCUCGAAUCAAGGCAUUGAUGACAGGGAGCCUCCCUGGCUUCAUCGAUGUUGUCAGGAACCUCAAUUCCCCCGCACUGGUGGAAGACAACGUGAUCACACAGGCAAAAGCAGCUGGGAAAAGAAUUAUUUUUUAUGGAGAUGAAACAUGGGUGAAACUAUUCCCAAAGCAUUUUGUGGAGUAUGAUGGAACAACCUCAUUUUUCGUGUCAGAUUAUACAGAGGUGGAUGAUAAUGUUACAAGGCAUUUGGAUAAAGUAUUAAAAAGAGGAGAUUGGGAUGUGUUAAUCCUCCACUACCUCGGGCUGGACCACAUCGGCCAUGUCUCUGGGCCCAGUAGCCCUCUGAUCGGGCACAAACUCCAGGAGAUGGACAGCGUCCUGAUGAAGAUCCACACCUCACUGCUGUCCGAGGAGAGAGAGACUCUUGUACCCAAUUUGCUAGUUCUUUGUGGUGAUCAUGGCAUGUCGGAAGCAGGAGGUCACGGGGCCUCUUCUGUGGAGGAGCUUAACACCGCCCUGAUCUUAAUCAGUUCUGCAUUUGAAAGAAAACCUGGUGACAUCAGACGUCCAAAGCAUGUUCAACAGACUGACUUGGCUGCAACCCUAGCAAUAGGGCUUGGUUUGCCGAUCCCGGGGAACAGUGUUGGCAGCCUGCUGUUCCCUACAGUGGAAGGGAGACCCGUGAGAGAACAGCUGAGGUUUUUACAUUUAAAUGCAGUGCAGCUCAGCAAAUUAUUGCAAGAGAACGUGCCAUCCUACACAAAAGAGCCUGGAUUUGAGCAGUUUAAAAUGUCAGAGAGGUUGCAUGGGAACUGGAUCAGACUGUACUUGGAGGAAAAUAACUCAGAAGUCCUUUUCAACCUGGGAGCCAAGGUUCGCAGGCAGUACUUGGAGGCCCUGAGGACCCUGAGCCUGUCCCUGAGCAGACAAGUGGCCCAGUACGACAUCUACUCGAUGCUGGUGGGGACUGUCAUGGUUCUGGAGGUUCUAGUGCUGCUCCUAAUCAGCAUCCCACAGGCUCUGAGCAGCAAGGCUGAACUGGAGGUCCCUCUAUGGUCGCCUGUGUUUUCCCUGCUGUUUUAUUUGGUGUUCCUGGUUCUUUCUGCUCUUCAUGUCAUUGUGUGCACCUCGGCUGAGAGUUCGUGCUAUUUCUGUGGCCUCUCGUGGCUGACGGCAGGUGGAGUGAUGGCACUGAUCUCUGCACUGCUCUGUGCGGUUGUGUCUGCUCUUGCCAAGGUGUUUGCUGAUGGGAGACUCCUGAGGAAGAAUCCAGCUCAUCCAAAGGCACGAUGGUCGGAGUUAGAUGUCCUUAUCUUACUGGGGACCCUGGGCCACGUGCUGAGUCUGGGUGCGAGCAGCUUUGUUGAGGAGGAGCACCAGACCUGGUAUUUCCUCAUCAACACCCUGUGUCUGGCUCUGUGUCACGAGCUCUACAGAAACUGCUUUCUGAGGGAUGACUGUGAGCCCCAACCGUGCUCACACGUGGAGCAGGGACUCGUCAGCAGUGAGCCAGCAUUAUCGGACAGGAACAUCCACUGUAACGUGUCCGAGCCCCACAGAGUGUCUAAGAGCCCUACUUCCCUUGACACGCUCAGAGGCUAUGAGAAGUGGAUGGUGUUAGCAAGCCCAUGGGUGAUACUUACCUGCUGUCGGCUGCUGAGGUCACUCAACCAGACGGGUGUGCAGUGGGCCCACCGGCCUGACCUGGGGCAUUGGCUCACCAGCUCUGAUCACAAAGCUGAACUCUCUGUUCUGGCCGCCCUUUCGCUCCUCAUGAUUUUCGUGCUAGUUCAGAGGAGGUGCUCCCUGACGUCGAAAGUAGCCAUGGCACUUGGCCUGCUGGGCGUCUAUUGCUACCGUGCAGCCAUUGGAAAUGUCCUGUUCCCAUGGCAACGAGACAGCAAAGACAUUUCAAAGGGUGUUAUUGAAGCUCGUUUUGUUCAUGUCUUUGUCCUUGGCAUUCUGUUCACGGGCACCAAAGACUUGCUUAAAUCUCAAGUCAUUGCUGCAGACUUCACAAUCAAGACUGUGGGUUUAUGGGAGAUAUAUAGUGGAUUAGUUCUUCUGGCCGCUUUGCUUUUCAGGCCACAUAAUCUGCCAGUCUUAGUGUUGAGCCUCUUGAUUCAGACACUAAUGACUAAAUUCAUCUGGAAGCCUCUGAGGCAUGAUGCAGCUGAGAUCACUAUAAUGCAUUAUUGGUUCGGUCAAGCAUUCUUCUAUUUCCAGGGAAACUCCAACAACAUAGCCACAGUGGACGUCUCAGCAGGCUUCGUGGGCCUGGACACCUACAUGGAGGUCCCAGCUGCGUUCCUGACAGCAUUUGCCACAUUCGCAGGGCCUGUGCUAUGGGCCAGCCACUUAGUGAGCUUCCUGAGCACAGAAACCCACAGCUGGUUUUCCUGAGGACAAGGAAGAUGCCUAUAAGUGACCUUGUCUUCCUCGUACACACACUUUGGGAUCAUCCAUGAGAGAGUCCUCUUAGAGGCCCUGCAGGGCUGGUGGUCAACACUUGCAAGCCAAGGUACUGCUGGCCGAGCAGAGGGGUGUUCAGGCUUUCAUUCUGUCUUCGAACCCACGUGGGCUGCAAGACCACCACGGAGCCAUUGGUUCUCUCCCUAGCAGGGUCCUUGAUGUCUCUGUGCCUAGGAUUAGGUCAGGUUCGGAAGCCUCAAUCCUCGUCAGUGCCAUCAUGUGCGGGGGACUUAGGGGGCCACGAGUUGGCCUUGGAGAACUUAUCUGCCACAGUGCAUGUGGCUCCGCGAAGCAGGCCAUACCUGCAGCGUGCAGAUCAGCUGGAUGGGUGCGCCACGGCAGAGGAGGGCCAGACAGUGAGAGCCUGGACUGCUAUGAAGGACAGCUUCCUUGGCGCUGAAAUCACAGUUUGACUUUCCUGCAUUUUCAUCUGUUUAUACUGGGGAGACAAAAAGACAAAGCAUUUUUUUAUAAGUAAGCUGAAAGCAUUUUAAUUGGCCUAGGAGUAUUAUAGGAUAUUUUCCCUAAUUAAGGAAUGUUUCUCUUUUAUUUUAAAAAAGGGUUUUCCUUUUCCUUUUUUAAAAGCUUAAAACAUCAAAAUUUACUCAUUGGUUUUGGGGGGGGAGUGGUUCAAAGUCAAGAAAACUAGAGCCAGAUUAAAAUGGUAGAAAAAAAAUAUUUCUCAUGGCUCAAAAAUUGGGUCUUGGGUGGUCCAUGAUGCUUGGCUUCAGGAACUGGCUUCGGGUCUGGAGCCUGGUGGACAGCCGUGAUGAGCCAGGCUGCAAGGCCUUCAUCCAUUACCCUUAGGUGCACAUGGUUCUUUGCUGAAGUUUUGUGAAUGGUGACCCUACUGGGUGUUGCUAUGGCAGUAAGAAGGCAGAGUCUUCUGAAUAAGUCAGUGUUUGCUUUGUGUGACAUUGAAAUGCCAGGAGGGGCAGGUUCCUGGGAGCCCCAUUACCCUCACUGUCUGGUCAGUAGGCUCUUGUCUGAGAACAGACUCCAUGACACUUCCCAGAAGAGGGUAGCAGCGCCAUGAGCCACAAGCUUCCUCCAUGAAGCUUUUCCCAAGAGUUUCCCUCAGCAGGUGUUGGUGCAGUGGCCCUCGAAGGAGUUAAUGAAGUAAUGUCACAGGGCCCAGCUCCCUUGAGAUCUCUGCCUGAGGGACUGGAUCUUGAGUGGGACCCAAGGUGCAGGCGCAAGGGUUCCCCCGAGGAGUUCAUGGUCUGGCAGCAUUAGCAGAAAGAUGAGUCAGUCAUCUGCUGAGCGUGUCACAGAGAUGAGGUCAGAAUGGCUGAGCCCCUGAGUCUGCUGGGUUUGGUCAGGAUGGCCUCCCAAAGAAGUGCAUAUGGGUAAAAGUACUCACAACCAGUCAAGGGAGCGAGGAGGAGUACAUGCACAGGGACGAGGCCACAGGAUGGUGGCAAGUAGAAGCAAACAGACUGUUCCCUGCCAGGGGGCGAGGCAACAGCUAGAGAACCCAGCAGAAAGAAAGUAUUGGUACCAAGACCCAAGAUGGGGAGCCAGUGAGGUUUGGUGAGGGCUCAGCUGAGGGCAAGAGCUGUGAGUGUGCGGGGCCAGGCAUCCUUUGGCCCCUGAGUGGCUGUUGACACCUUUUGUCAGACAUUGAGCCUGCCGAGGGGAUCUGAGUGGCACAGGUAGUGGCACUGGGUCGCUAGGCCUAGGAGCCCCUUUGCGGAGCACAUAUGUGCACACACACCAAGGCACACUUGUACACACUCGCUUCUCCGCCUCAGGGUCUUUGCUCCCCCUACACAGAGCUCCUCAUUGCUCACCCUUCAUGCCCAGACCCUUCCCAGUGUGAUCAUGGUGCGCCCCCCCAGAUCCCCUAGAGCACAAAGAACAUCUGCUCCCCACCUGGGACUCCAGUAAUCCCACGUCCCCAUCCCUGUACACAGCCGUGCUGAUGUGAGUCCUACACAGUGAGGGUGUCUGCGUGUGUAAUGGGGGUCAUAUUUCAGGAAGGGGUGGGCAGUGGUGACAUGUGGCAUUUACCAGCCCCAGAAAGGCCACCUGUAGUCAUUGUGGUGUUUGAGGGGAGACGUCAGAAAUGGAACUGGGCUUUAACAAGAGCCUGGAAAUCCUGGCCACUGAGGAUCUGUGAGGUGUUGUGAGUGUGUGAUGGAACUCUCAUUUUAGAAGAAGCAGUCUCAGGAAGUUGCCUUCAAGAAUAGGUUAGAUUUCUGUAAUGAUUGUGUGAUGGUUUGACAAGAAAGGGAGGACAGGCGUAUGCUUUGAGGGUGUGCACAUGUUUGAGAAUGCUCUUCUUUGCUGUUAAUUUGCUUAGCACACCCUCUCAGGCCAGUGUCCCCAGACCAGACCCAUCAGAUGCCUCACUGGGCAGUACAAAGCAGAGCUCAAAACAUGUUUCUCAUCCUGUGUGAUUUUCAUUUCAUUAUGUUUCAUAGCAUUUGUGAUGCAUUUUACAGUAGUACAUGCACAUAACUCUUAAACAUAACUAUUGCAAAAUUUGGGGAUACACUUUUCACAAAUAUUUUGCAGGUUGAGUCACUGGAAAGUGACAAGACCGCCACCUGCAGCUGUUGUCCCCUUGGAUGGGCCCACCAGACUGACUAGAUUGGGCGGGGGGUAUACCAGGAACAAGAGUUACUACGGUCAUUUCCACAAUAAAAAUACUGAUUACGUGUGUGUUCAUACCUUAUGUGAUGCAAAAGUGCCAUAUACUAAUACACAUUCCCCUUGUAU